UUAUGAGGUCUUAAUAUCUUAAUAUAGGGUGCCCAACCUUGGACUCUAUUUCACUUGCUACAUGGUAAUAAUGUGUCUCUGCGUGUAUUUAUAUAUAUAUAUAUAUAUAGCCUUCUUUUACUUGCCUUAUUGCAAUUUCUAGCCUCCUCCUGGCUUUCUUUCUCUCUCGCCCCAAACACUGCCACAUCUCUUUCAUGCACGGUUCUGGCUUCUAGCUCUUUCUGCAGUCUGCCACUGCGUUUAUCUUUCAAUCUGGGGAAAUUCUUGUUGAAGCUUGAGGAGAGAGUCACUCUGGCCGACCGUCCAGUGAAAUCUCGUUGCUUGGCUUGGCAACUUCCCACUGAUUAUGGCUAAUUUUUAAUCCAAUGUGAACUCAUCUUUCCAAGAAAUCUCUCUUUGGUAGUGUAGUUUCAACGCUCUAGUUUUGUUCUGUAGAGAAAUUCUAGAAACCCGUAUGCCUAAAAUGUCGAAAUUCAAUUGCUUCUCUGCCCUGGUUGAGAGGAAGAAGAAAGGCAAGGGCCAUGAAUCAUCCUCGAAGACUGAUAAUUAUAACAAGAAGAUUGUUAAGAACUUGCAAAUUAGACUAGAAAGGCUAGUGAAGUCCUCCAAAACUGAUGGGAAGGAAUCAGCUUCUUUUGGUCUACCAUUAUCGUUUCAUUCCUCGGGUAAUUCUAGGAGCAAGGUUAAGGUAAUGAACCAUGAGAGUCAUGUCGAAGAUGAGGGCGAAGAGAACUUGUCGAUGAAGAGGGACAACUCGAAGAAAGAGAAGAAUCAAUUAAGAAACAAGAAGAUGGAACUUAAUGAUUCCUUUGGUGAGCAAAUUGGGGAUGUCAUUGAGAAUAAGGAAGAGAGAGGUAUUGAAGAAGCAUCAGCACCAAAGCUUAAGCGCUCCUGUUCUGAUUUGGAAACAGGGGGCUUGCUCAAGAAGAUGGCUGAUUGGCUGCCCCAUUUCGAGUCUGAGUCUUUCAAAGAGCUGCAAAGAUUAUCCGAGAGAUUGGGGGAAAAUGUGCUUCCUCAAAAUAUUGGCAAUCCAAGCUCUGUAAUGUCUCAUUCUAGUGCUGACAAAGUUAUGUUGAAGAAGCAUUAUUCUAGCCAAGUACUUCCCACCAGGAGUAGAAGAUUGUGGUGGAGAUUGUUUCUCAGAAAUAUGCAAACGCCACAGAGUUCAAAAUCACAGAUGGUUCCAAUGAAGCCUGAUUUCAGCCAGCCAGGUGGAGACUGCUCAGUGUACUUGGAACCAAAUAGAGUGUUCGAAUCACCCAGAUCAUUUAUUGGUGAAUCGAUGAAAAACAGCGACAAUAAUGAUAAUGGCAACCAGAGCUUCAGUGGUUUCCAUCCCCAGAACCAGUCAGAAUCACCGAUAACAAGAGUGGAUAAGUGGGUAAAAGAACUCGCAAACCAACCUCCACUUCUGGUUGAUGAAACUGAUGAUACUAACGAUGGAAUUGUCUUCCCACCAUCCCCGGGCACUGGUGGGUCGCCUUCAAGAAGCACGUCUCACUUGACUCAGCAUCCGAAUCUGACCCUUUCUGAGAAGAUUUUGCACACCAAUGGCAUUAUCCAGUCAACAGUGGCUCAAUUUGCAGGGAUCGGAUUAAAAGUCAUCCCAAAUCUUUCAGGCUUCACCACUCUUAGAUCAAUCACCUUAUCGGGCAACUCUAUAUUUCACGUUACUCCUGGCCAUCUGCCAAAAGGUCUCCACACUCUUAAUAUGUCCAGAAACAGGAUCAGCACAAUCGAAGGCUUCAGAGAAUUAACCCGGUUGCGUGUCCUAGAUCUUAGCUACAACCGCAUUGCUCGAAUUGGGCAUGGAUUGUCAAAGUGUACACUUGUUAAGGAGCUUUACCUUGCCGGGAACAAGAUUAGUCAAGUUGAGGGGUUGCAUAGACUUUUGAAGGUCACUGCUCUAGAUUUGAGCUUCAACAAGAUAACUACUACAAAAGCAAUAGACCAGCUUAUGGCCAACUACAACUCCCUGCAAGCUCUGAAUCUGUUGGGGAACCCAAUCCAGAAAAAUGUCAGCGACGAGCAUCUGCGCAAGGCGCUCUGCAGUCUUCUCCCGAAACUAGCAUUCCUGAACAAGCAGCCGAUUAAUCCAAUGAAGGCACGAGAGGUGGCCACAGAAAGCAUUGCCAAAGCCGCGCUUGGGAGCAGCAGCUGGAGCUCGCGUAGAAAAGCACUGAAACGGGGUAACCAAGGCAAAUUGCGGUCCUCCAGCUGGCAUAGGAGCAGUGCCGGUGUUCAGCAAAGGAGCAGGCAUGCAAAUAAAACCCAAACUCACCACCAGUCGGGCCUAAGGAUGAAGUGAUCUUAACUUGGUUCAUCAUCCCAUUAGAUGCACUGGGAUUUUCCCUUGAAAAAUAAAAGGAAUUUUUCUGGUGCCCGAGUCCAGAGCAUGACAAUUUCGGAUUAAGCUUUAGCUUUUGGUAUCAAGUUGUUGCUAGUCUUUGCUGUUAUGAGAUUUCUUUCAGGGUUUGACAAAUUGUUCUAGUUAAUGGCGGGUCUUACUCAGAACCUGCUCUUCGCAAUGUUGCCAAUGAUUGAAGUUCCCUUUCAAAAAGUAACCAUAUCAACGACCCUGCAGAACGGAGUCGUAAAUUUCA